CCGCGCGUUGAGCCGGGCGCGCGUGUGCUACUGAUGGCGCCCCGUGGCGGCCGGUGAGGCGCCGGCCCCGCCGACCGCCUCGGGUCGACGGGCCAGCCAGGCCAGACGGCCGUUCGUCCCAACAUGUCCUUGCUCAGCGUUACAGUAAAAAAGGCGCGCUAUGUUUCCAUGCAAGGAGUACAACAGUUCAACACUUACGUGACACUUAAACUACAGAAUGUCAAGUCUACGACGGUGACAGUUAAGGGUCCGACUCCAUGUUGGGAGCAAGACUUCCUAUUUGAAAUCAAUGACAUCAACCUGGGCCUCCUGGUGGAGGUGUGGAACAAAGGCGUGAUCUGGGACAAAGCCCUCGGCUACCACUACCUGCCUCUCACUUCCGUGGCAUAUGACGAGUCGGACGGUGGGGGGCGGUGGGUGGAGUUGGAAGCGCAGGUGAUGAUGCGAGGUGGCGCCGUCGUCGGCACCACAGGCCCCACUGGCAAUGCCUUGCUGUUGGACUGCAGGUUCGAGCCGCCUUUUGGUAAGUAA